GUACCCCACUACUCCCAUUUCUCUCUCGCUUUUUCUCUCCCUACGUUUCAGAGCGAAUAUCGAUUGGGCAAUUUUUCGAUAAAUCCGAUAUAUACUUCCCCUACGCAAAGGAGUGAAAUUCAAUCCCUCGAUCUCCCCCCUUCAAUUCAACAAAACCCUAAUCUGAUCUUUGUCUUUGACAAAAAUCUAACCCUGUAAACUCCUCCCAAGGAUUGUCAGGUUAACUUCUUCAAAAAAAGAAUGGCAAAAAGUGCCAGGGGAAGACGUAGAACCGCUUCAAGCCACCACAGAACCACCCCAUACCCACACCCACACCUCACCUGCCGCCACGUCUCCGGCGACCUCACCGGAAAACCAAAAGACUGGGAAGACAUAACCUGCUCAGUGUGCAUGGAAUACCCCCACAAUGCUGUCCUCCUCCUCUGUUCUUCCCACAACAAAGGUUGCCGCCCAUACAUGUGCGGCACCAGCUCCCGCUACUCCAACUGUCUCGACCAGUACAAAGCCCACCACCACCCUCCUCCGCCCCCAGCAACCGGUGGUGGUGGUGGUGGUGGUUCGCCACCACCACCGGUUGAGAAAAUCAAAGAAGGGGCGGAGCUCGCCUGCCCACUCUGUCGCGGGCAGGUGAAAGGGUGGACAGUGGUGGAGUCUGCUCGUGAGUAUCUUAAUUUAAAGAAAAGAAGUUGUAUGCAUGAUGAGUGUAGUUUUGUUGGGGUGUAUAAGGAGUUAAAGAAACACGUGAGAGAGGUGCACCCAUCGGCUAAGCCACGUGAAGUGGACCCCGACCAGGAGCAGAAAUGGCGGCGGCUCGAGCAGGAACGUGAGCGGGAGGAUGUGAUUAGCACCGUCACCUCUUCAAUGCCUGGUUCCGUGGUAUUCGGUGAUUACGUCAUUGAACGGAAUCCAUACGGUUUGGAUUCCGACGAUGAUGAUGGUUUAGGGAAUGUCGGAAUCAAUAAUAAUUUCAUGAAUAUGCUUCUUUUGUUUCACGCGUUUGGUCAUGGUGGAGACACAAGAGUACUUGAUGCUGAUGAUGAUGAAGAUGAUGAUGAUGAUGGUGGUGGUGGUGGUGAUGGGAUGUCAUUGGUGAGCCGUUUGAGGCGGCAGGGUAGGGUUAUUUUGGGAAGAUCGGGGAGGAGGAGGAGGAGGAGGAGAUUGGGUGGUGAAAGAUAGAUGUAUGAUAAGAAAGUGAAUGUAAAGAAGGGAAUCAUGAAGAUAAAAGGUUUUUAGGGUUUUAAUUAGUUUUUUAGGAGUGAUAAAAGGAGAAGUGGUUUCGAUGCUUCCCUGUUGUCAUCAAUCAACAAUAUUUGUUGAUGUGUAUGACUGGAAGAAGCUUGAAAAAGAAAAUUGGAGCUUCUUUUUUUUUUUAUAUGUAAACUUUUGUUUGACAAAAAAUGUUUUAAUUUGUGUUUGUAAUUUCCUGAUUCCCUGGAUUUGCUAUGUUCAUGAGAUUUAUGAAUCCGAAACAUUCUUUAAAUCUUGAUGUAAAUAUGCAAUUGAUUGAUUUAGAUGUUUGUUGGAUGGAUG